AUGGCUCUGAAGCGUAUCAACAAGGAACUUACUGACCUGGGCCGUGAUCCGCCCUCGUCUUGCUCCGCUGGCCCUGUUGGCGAGGAUCUGUUUCACUGGCAAGCGACAAUCAUGGGGCCUGGCGACUCUCCGUACUCUGGCGGCGUCUUCUUCCUUGCUAUCCACUUCCCGACCGACUACCCUUUCAAGCCGCCGAAGGUGAACUUCACCACCCGUAUCUACCAUCCCAACAUCAACUCCAACGGCAGUAUCUGUCUCGAUAUUCUGCGAGACCAGUGGAGCCCUGCCUUGACGAUCUCUAAAGUGCUUCUGUCUAUCUGCUCUAUGCUGACAGACCCCAACCCCGACGACCCUCUUGUCCCAGAGAUCGCCCAUGUCUACAAGACGGAUCGCGCCAGGUACGAGGCCACCGCUCGUGAAUGGACCCGAAAGUAUGCCAUCUAG